AUGGACAUCACGGCCCCCGUCGGCAUCGUCGGUGAUCCGUAUCUGUACGACAAGCAGUACGGGUUCACGAUGACGCCGGACCAGCUGCGGAACCCGGCGCGGAACCCGAACGAGGUCGUCCGGCCCAGCCGCCCCAUCUACCGUAACCCGAACGAGGCGCCGCUACGCAAGCUUACGGUGGAUCUCAUCAAAACCUACAAGAACAUCAAUGAGUCGUUCUACGCCCGGAAGCAACGGCGUCACGAUGCGCACCAGGCGGUUCACCCCACGGCUUCUGGUGUUCACCAAUCGAUGGCCCAACAGCAGCAGCAACCACCACCCCAACAAAUGCAACAGCUGCAACAGCAGCAGCCCCAGAGCUCCGGCCUGCAACAACAGCAACAGCAACAAGUUCAGCAGCAGCAGAUGAUGGCCCAACAACAGCAACAGGCCCAUAUGCAGCCAACGAAUGACUACGUGCUCCAGCAACAACAGAUCUACCAGCAGCAGCAUAAUAACGGCCCGAACAACGACGGCUACGACGAUGUCAACUUUGACUAUAUCGUCAAGGAGGGCGAAUUUUUCAACAAUCGAUACCUGAUUAUGGGGCCGAUUGGGAAAGGGUCGUUUGGUCAAGUGACGAAGGCGUAUGAUAAGGUCGAAAAAGAGUACGUGGCGAUAAAAAUCAUCAAAAACAAGAAGACGUUCUUUGACCAGGCCCAGAUUGAGAUUAGGCUUUUGGAGAUGAUGAAUCGGCAUGACUCGGAGGGGAAAUAUAAUAUUGUGCAACUCAAGUCCCACUUCGUCCACCGCAACCACCUGUGCCUCGUCUUCGAGCUGCUCAGCUACAAUCUCUACGACCUGUUGCGGAACACCAAUUUCCGAGGCGUCUCCCUGAACUUGACGCGGAAGUUUGGGCAGCAACUUGCCAAGACGCUGCUCUUCCUGUCCACGCCCGACUUGUCGAUCAUCCACUGUGAUUUGAAGCCGGAGAAUGUGUUGCUCUGCAACCCGAAGCGGUCCGCCAUCAAGAUUAUCGAUUUUGGGUCUUCAUGCCAGACAGGCCAUCGGAUAUACCAAUAUAUUCAGUCGAGAUUCUACCGCUCGCCCGAAAUCCUGCUCGGCAUCGCUUACGACACGAAAAUCGAUAUGUGGUCGCUGGGCUGUAUCCUUGUGGAGAUGCACACCGGCGAGCCGCUCUUCGCCGGGUCCUCCGAGUUGGACCAGAUGAUGAAGAUUGUCGAGGUCUUGGGGAUGCCGCCGAAGGAGAUGCUCGAUCAAGGGCCGAAGACGAAGAAGUAUUUCGACAAGACCGAAGAUGGUGUCUACUACUGUAAACGAGCCCGUGGCAGCUACACGAAGCCGUACGAGCCGCCGGGCCACCGGAAACUUCAUGAUAUCCUUGGAGUAACGAGUGGAGGCCCACAUAGCCGAAGAGCCGGAGAAGCCGGGCAUUCUGUCGAGGACUACUGCAAGUUCAAGGACCUCAUCAAGCGUAUGCUAACCUACGACCCCAAACUGAGGAUAUCCCCGCAUUUCGCGAUGCGACACCCAUUUUUGAAGAAAACUAAGGAGGAGCAGGGCUCGAGUAUGGCCGCCCCGCAACAACAACAACCCAACAAGUCCAGCAAGCUCAGGAGACGG